UCGUCAUUCCCAAUUACAUCGAGCAAAAGGACUCAGGAAGGAUCCCUUAAGUUGAAUAUUAAAGCAUUUCUUUGCAUCUUCAACAUUGGCUCUAAUAAACGACUUUUCCGAUAAAACACUUUCAUGUUUGGAUUCUAACGGUGCGGUGUAACUAUGAGCUAUAGAAGACUUCGCGUUAAUACGUAAAGGAAACGUAGGUAAGUGGACAAACCGGUGGGAUUAUUAUUGUUUCAUAUCGCGAGAAUGCUUAAAGAAUGAAACCACUUAUGAGACGACUCGUGCGUUGAAUAUUUGACGAUACCCGGCGAACGCGGCGAGUCGCGUGCAGCCGUUGUCCUUUCCUCGGAAUGUUUCUCCAAACUCUUCGUAUCACCGCUCGAUCUUCGCGCGACUCCGCAAUCCGAGGGAUGUUUCGCAACGGAUACUGGAUACUGUUGUUACUGUUGCGCUUGCUGUGCGUCUCCUGCGUCGCCAACGAAAACAUCAUGGCGCGAGACUACUUCGCGCAUAAAGGAGUAUCCAGCGUUGUGGGCUUCACCUGCGACACCGUCGAGCACACCGCGAAAUUCGCCAGAACGUUCAACAGCGUCUACGUACCCUCGUCAAUGUGGAAUCUCGAUUUCAUGAGCAAACUGCCGUCCCGUACCUUGAGGAGGCUCUUGCACAGCAAUCACCGCAAUUUAGGCGUGUACAUUGACGCGCGAUGCGACAGUGAUAAUUACACUAUGAUCUAUUCCGAGGCUACGAAGUACUUGCUGUACGACGAGAUGCACAAAUGGCUGAUCUUGGGAGCGAAAUUGAACGACACCGUGAAUAAGCUAAAUGACGACGCCUUCAACCUGGUGACGGACGUGACGAUCGCUGUGCCGUCCCUCACUGGUUACGAUCUGUACGAUGUGUACAAUCCCUGCAAGGAACGUGGUGGCACCCUGAAUGUGACUGCUUUGGGUUACUGGACCGAGAAAUCCGGCGUGGCGAUCAAACUGAAGCAGUCCAAGUUCACGAGGAGGUCCGACCUGCACGGCAUGAAGCUCAAAGUGGGGAUUUUGCUGUCGUAUAAAGUCUACAACUUGUCGACGGAUAAUAUCUUACGGGAUCCCAUCUUGAAGGCGAAAUAUGGCCGAUCUCAAUUUCUCUUCACGCUCUUAUCGCACAUGGCCGAUCUUUUCAACUUCACGAUGGAUAUUGUAGAAGUGAACUCGAAGAAGAAACAGGACAACACCGCGCCGAUAUUCGUCGCCUUUCAAAAGAAGCAGAUUGACAUCUCCGCCAGCCCGAUCGUAAUGAAGACGGAGAAAUUAAGGAUGGGCGACAUUAUCGGACCUGUAUGGCCGAUGCGAACGUGUUUCCUAUUUCGCACGAUCUCCUCGGCGAAUCUGAAGAGGGAGCAAUUCUUGCGGCCGUUAAACAUCAAGGUGUGGUACCUGAUACUCGGCAUAAUCGUAGCCGGCGCAUUAAUCUUGACAAUAUUGCUGAGACAAGAAGGCAUCCACGACGUGAAGGAAGGCUACAGCAUUUCCGUUCUUCUCACUAUAGGCGCCCUCUCCCAACAAGGUGCCGUAGUGGUUCCGUAUCAUUACGCCGGUCGCAUAGCGUUUCUGCAGAUCAUGCUGUUCAGCUUACUGAUUUUGAACUACUAUUCCGCGAGCGUCGUGUCGGAUCGGCUGAAGAACAGGGCGCAAAAGAUGAACGACUCAUUGAUCAAUCUGGCGAACAGCCACCUGAGGAUAGCGGCUGAACCCAUGCCGUAUCUUCGUACUUUUCUGCAGUCAUCGGAAAGAGAGGUGCAAUAUUUCAUGGAGAAACAAUGGGAAAGAGUGCCGGAAUCCAAACGAUAUCUGCCUUUGGCGGAGGGCCUGAAUAGCGUGGCCGAAGGCGGCAUCGCCUAUCACACGACCAUCGACUCCGCGUAUCCGUACAUCGAGCGGAAUUUCCAGCCGCGGAUGAUAUGCGAGCUGACGGAGGUCCAUCUCUUUCGCGCGGUCUUGGCUCUCUGGGCCAGGCACAAGAGCCCGUUCACGCCGUUAUUUAGAGUCGGUCUAACCAAGAUGUACAACAUGGGCAUACGCAAGCGUCAGCUGAAGCGCUGGUUACCCCGGAAACCUUUCUGCCCGAAAAACAUACUGAUCGCCGAGCCGCUGUCGAUCCUCGAGGCCGCGCCGGUCUUCGCGUUCCUCAGCAUCUCCGCCGCGCUCUCCAUCGUGAUCUGCAUCGCGGAAAACUUCGUUUACUGGAUGCGACCUAUUCGAUUAUCCACGUCUACUGGCGAGGAGUGACCAGCGCCGAGAAAUCUGCAUUUUUUCACCACUGAUCAGACGCAUAUCCGUCGCAAGGAUACCCCCGCGCCGACGAUAAACCGUUUUUAUACGGCCAAUCUCGAGCGGAUGCGCUUAUUUCGAUAAAACUUUAUCGUCGAUUUAUUGCUGGCUCGUCGAAAAUUUGCGUUCGCUCGCAAAUAAUUAAUCGCGCCUCUCGCGCACGAUAUAUUCGAUACGUUACCUAGUUCGCAUUUCUCGACAGGAUUCAACGUCACAGUAGCCGACGUGAAUAAACAAUGAGACAGCAGA